AUGUCCACACAGCCGGUAAUUGGUAAGGACCGUGCUUACAAACCACCAAGCUCAUCGAUUGCCAAGCACUUGUUGAUGAAGAAACACCUUGCGGAUCGUGAGAAAGCAUUUCGAGUGAUUUUUACUAACGAUAACACUAGAAUGCUCAAGAUAGCCGAGGCGAUUGCAAUUAUCCGAUGGAAACCAAUUCUGUGUCAACAAAAAGACUUGUUCCUCACCUUGGCUUUACCUUGUUGA